CGGUGGGUCGCUGUAGGAGGGAGGACAGCCGCACAGAGGCGCCUUGUGUACAAAGGGAGGAGCGGAGGUGGGAAAUGGCUUCAGUCUGCAAAGGUUCACCUGGGCUAGUCCUCGGAAUCUCACCGGCAUAGGACUGACUCCUGGCGCAGUCACUUUCUUACCAGCGCUGAACUUUUCUGAGCUUGUUUCCUCAUCUGUGCAAUGGAAACAGCAACAGUCUUAGACUCACAGAAUUGUGGAGAGGAUUCAGUGACUGCCGCAAAGCAUAAAAAGCGUUUUACACCGUGCCUGGCAUUUAGGAAAGGCUUUUUGCUUUUUAAAUUUUGUAUAUUUUUUAAUCUACUUUCUGUUUGUUUACUAUUUUGCAGUUCUGCAAAGUGGAGUUCCUUGUGUCUCCAGCAAUCUCGCCGCUCUGAUACCUCCGUUCACCGUUCCCCAAGCGCCAUGAGGGGGCUCCUACGUUCGCUGCUGCCCACGUUGCUGCUCCUUCUCCAGCCCUGGGAAACCCAGUUCCAGUUCGCAGGUCCCAGGUGCCGUACUGGGCCCCUGGAUUUGGUGUUCGUGGUUGACAGCUCGCGCAGUGUGCGCCCCUUCGAGUUCGAGACGAUGCGGCAGUUCCUGGUGGGCCUCCUCCGCAGCUUGGACGUGGGGCCCAACGCCACGCGCGUCGGCGUGAUCCAGUAUUCGAGUCAAGUGCAGAGGGUUUUCCCGCUCGGCGCCUUCUCGCGCCGCGAGGAUAUGGAGCGCGCCAUCUGGGCUUUAGUACCGCUGGCGCAGGGCACCAUGACCGGACUGGCAAUCCAGUACGCCAUGAAUGUGGCCUUCAGCGUGGGCGAGGGCGCCCGCCCGCCUGAGGAACGCGUGCCGCGCGUCGCCGUCAUCGUGACCGAUGGGCGGCCCCAGGACCGUGUGGCCGAGGUGGCGGCGCAGGCGCGCGCCCGCGGCAUCGAGAUCUACGCGGUGGGGGUGCAGCGCGCCGACGUGGGUUCCCUGCGCGCCAUGGCGUCUCCCCCGCUGGACGAGCACGUCUUCCUCGUUGAGUCCUUCGACCUUAUCCGGGAGUUUGGCCUGCAGUUCCAGGGCCGGCUGUGUCGAAAGGACCUGUGUGCUGAGGGGGGACACGGCUGCCAGCACCAAUGUGUCAGCGCCCCGGGCACAUUUCAUUGUGCCUGCAACCCUGGCUACCAGCUAGCAGCAGAUAACAAGAGCUGUUCAGCCGUUGACCACUGCAGCUUCGGGAACCACAGCUGCCAGCAUGAGUGUGUUAGCACCUUUGGUGGGCCACGGUGCCGCUGCAGAGAGGGCCACGACUUGCUGCCCGAUGGGAGGAGCUGUCAGGCCCGGGACCUCUGCAAUGGUGUAGACCACGGAUGCGAGUUCCAGUGCGUGAGCGAGGGCCUCUCCUACCGCUGCCUAUGCCCUGAGGGGCGGCAGCUCCAGGCAGAUGGCAAGAGCUGCAACCGGUGCCGGGAAGGCCACGUGGACCUGGUUCUGCUCGUCGACGGCUCCAAGAGUGUGCGUCCUCAGAACUUCGAGCUAGUGAAGCGCUUCGUGAACCAGAUCGUGGACUUCCUGGACGUGUCCCCCGAGGGCACGCGCGUGGGGCUGGUGCAGUUCUCGAGCCGCGUGCGCACCGAGUUCCCGCUGGGCCGCUACGGCACCGCGGCCGAGGUGAAGCAGGCGGUCCUGGCCGUGGAGUACAUGGAGCGUGGUACCAUGACCGGGCUGGCGCUGCGUCACAUGGUGGAGCACAGCUUCUCCGAGGCGCAGGGCGCACGGCCUCGCGCCCUCAACGUGCCCCGCGUCGGCCUGGUCUUCACCGACGGCCGGUCCCAGGAUGACAUCUCAGUGUGGGCAGCACGCGCCAAGGAGGAAGGCAUCGUCAUGUACGCCGUGGGUGUGGGGAAGGCGGUGGAGGAGGAGCUGCGAGAGAUCGCCUCAGAGCCAGCCGAGCUGCACGUGUCCUACUCCCCCGACUUCAGCACCAUGACGCACCUGCUGGAGAACCUCAAAGGCAGCAUCUGCCCGGAGGAGGGCAUCAGUGCUGGGACAGAGCUUCGGAGCCCGUGCGAAUGCGAAAGCCUCUUGGAGUUCCAGGGCCACACGCUGGGGACGCUCGAGAGUCUGUCGCAGAAACUGGCCCAGAUGACGGCGCGCCUGGAGGAUCUGGAGAACCAGCUGGCCACCCACAAGUGAGGGCCGCGGGUGGCCCGGACCCGGGCAGGGGGCGCGGCCCCGCGGACUGGGCCCCCCUCGUGCGCCGUCGGGGCGCCGGGGCCGGGCGGGAUCUGAGCCCCUCGGGCUUGGGCUGUCGGGGGAGGAGGCGCUGGCGGGCUCCCAGCGCUGCGCUUGAGCUGGCCUCGCCUGGACCAGAAGCCUGACUGCGGGGGUUGGGGGUGGGGAAUGGGGACCGAGGGACGCGUGCUGCGCUCAGUUCUUUGUUGGAUUUCUUUUUUUUUUGUUUGUUUUCUUUUUCUUAAAAAAAAAACAAAAACACAAAAACUGCUUUCCACGGA